AACAACAUGGCGACCUACGGACUGGCCCCGUUAGCAAACUGAAGAAACACACAGCCGUACAGCAACAACACCUCCAUCUGACACUUUUUACUCUUUACAUUUCCUGCAUUUUAAAAAGGAACUUAUUCAGUUUGUUGCGGAAGACGUCGAGUCGUAGAAAGCUGCUGUCAAAACGAAGACUGUCCAAAGUCUAACUCCGGUCUAUGGGCUCCCAGUCCAGUUCUGGGAUGUCUGGUGGAAGGGGAUCCUCCAGUGGCACCCCAGCAGAAUCUGACGGAGACAACCAAGGCCACGGGCGCCGCUCGGGCCGACAGCAGGGAGAGAGUCAGUCAUCAGAGGAGGACGUGGACCUCGCUGAAGUGCUGGCGUACUUACUGAGGAGUGUGUGCGUUUGCAGGGGCCAGGUGCGGCUGGUCCACGGGAGCGGAGCCACAGGGCUACAGCUGGUCCAGUCUUACUCCGACUCAGACGAGGACAGCGAUGGGGCCUGGGAGGGGCGUCUGGGAGACCGCUACAACCCGCCAGUGGACGUCCAGCCUGACACCAAUGAACUGGACCGCAGUGAGAUUCGAACACAGAUCCUCCUCGCCACUGCCUCGUCCACGCCGAAGGGCCGCCACAGCUUCACACACAUGUUAGCAGAGAGGGAACAAGGCAGAUGUAGAGGCUCCAGUUUUUCCCAUGGAGAAUGCAGCCGUAUUCGAACACACUUCCUGCCAAACUACGUGUCCCACAAGGAUACAUACCAGCAGAAAGCCUUCUGUGGAGUCUACAGCGAGAAUGGCAACAUGUUCCUCUCUGCCUGCCAAGAUCAGAAUAUCCGCUUGUACGACACCACCAGGGGGCGCUUUACCCUGCGGCGGACAGUCAAGGCCCGGGACGUGGGGUGGAGCGUUUUGGACGUGUGCUUUAGCCCUGAUGCUCACCACGUGCUGUACUCGAGCUGGUCUGACUACAUUCAUUUGUGCAGUAUAGAUGGUGACAGUGAAAACCACACGGCCCUGGACCUUAAUCCAGAUGAGAGGCGUUUCUGUGUGUUCUCGCUGGCUGCGUCCACAGAUGGCAAAGAGAUCCUGGGAGGUGCAAACGAUGGAUGUCUGUAUGUUUUCGAUCUGGAUCAGAACAAGCGCACGCUGAAGAUCGACGCUCACGAGGACGACGUGAAUGCCGUGGCGUUCGCCGACAGCUCGUCACAGCUGCUGUUCUCGGGCAGUGACGACGCUCUGUGUAAAGUGUGGGACCGCCGCACGCUCCGGGAGGACAGGCCGCAGCCCGUGGGACACCUGGCCGGACACAGAGACGGGAUCACCUUCAUACACAGCAAGGGAGACGCUCGUUACUUAAUUAGUAACUCAAAAGACCAGUCUAUCAAGCUCUGGGACGUCCGAAAGUUCUCUCCUAAAGAGGGUUUGGCUGCGUCUCGUUUGGCUGUGACCCAACAGAACUGGGACUACCGCUGGCAGCAGGUUCCCCAAAGAGCUCUGAAGAGGCACAAGCUGACGGGCGACACUUCAGUGAUGACGUAUCGUGGCCACGGCGUCCUGCACACUCUGAUCCGCUGCAGAUUCUCCCCUGAGUUCAGCACCGGCCAGAGAUUCAUUUACUCAGGCUGCUCCACGGGCAAAAUCCUCAUUUAUGACGUUCUGACCGGCGCCGUGGUGACCAAACUGUCGGGUCAUGAUGCGUGCGUGAGGGACGUGAGCUGGCAUCCGUACGAAGACAACAUCAUCAGCAGCUCUUGGGACGGAGCGGUGCGGAUGUGGGAGCACAGACAGACCCACCCCAUGGACGAGGAGCGAGAGAGGGCGCCGACCAAAACCGCCAGCCCGGACAAACCGUGCGACUGCUGAACUACAGGAAAUUACAUCACUACGGACCGGGGCGGGGCUAUCCCAUAAAACGAGCUCAUUCAAAAAAAUAAAAUAAAAAAAGAAGGCGGGACUUAAUACUUUCACUUAAUCGCUGGAAAUGAAUUAUUACAAAUCUCGUGGGGGUGAAUUUCUGAAGUGCGCAUGGGGCACAGGGACUUUUUUUUUUUUGUCUGGAGAUGAAAAUGGUGUAGGAAAAUUUGUACUUAAGUGCUAAAGCUAAGAGCUAUCGACACCACACGCACUUAAUCUGCUGUUAAUGUAUGUAGUUAAUCUUAAUGCAGUUGCUGAAGGAAGCCAUGAUGGGAAUUGUGUAUAAAUGUAAAGUAUUUUAAUGACGAGUGCAUUCAGUGAGUGCAUCUGUCUGUGUAUGCGCUAACUCGGCAUCAGCUUUGACUUUUCGAUGAAGUUUAAAGGUUCUACGUUACGCAAAAUGGACUCUUGUGAGCGCUGAGUCGCGUUAUGAUGUUUUCACCUGGAGUUGUGUUUCGUUUCAUUCACACAUGUUUGAGUAACACUUUAUUAUUAGUCUGUAAAAUCUACAAAACGCGAAAUAGUCUGUUAUACCCAUAGUCUGUGUAUAAAUGGAUAUAGCUAACCUGCUAGCCACCGCGUUCCAAACAGGAAGUGAUCAUGGGCGCACUUCCUCUCUCUAUAACUGCUGCUGUCAGACUCAUUUUGGUCUUAAAUGUUCAUAUUAACCCUCUACAUGAUCCUGGGGUUUUUAUUUCACUAUUUUGUCUGUUUUUAAUGUUCAUAUCUUGAUUUACAGACACAUCAGGCGACGUCCUUUCCCCGAGGUCGCUCUCUGUUAGCGUUAGCAGCAGGUUGAUUGACAGCGUUGCUAAGCGCUCACUCGGUGUGGGCGGGAAAGGGGCGUUACCUUCAACAGCCUCGCUCUGGAUUGGCUCUUUGGUUGCUAUGAUACUUGUCACACUCACUUAGUCCACUUCUUUACACAGUCUGUGGUCUUAACCUGUCGUAUGGUUAAUAUUUCUCUAAUUAUCGUCGUCGUAUUCAUCAGGGUUCACAAACAAAAAUUAUGGGUGAAAAUUAACACAAUGCACAAGUUUGGAAACACAGUCAGACAGUUGUUUUUGUUUUUUUUUUGAUGAAAACUCAAGAAAAUUGCUUUUAAACAUCAUUUUUAUGGAGCCUAUAAUCAAUACAAGUGUUCAUGGUCCAGUUUAUGUGUUGAGUGAACUGAAAUACUGUUGGCUAAUGCUAAAGCUAGCUAGCGUGUGACUAUAAUGACAAUGAGGGACUUGUUUAACUUGUUUUAUUUCACUAUUGUGUCUGUAAAUAACAUAUGAACAUUAAUAACAGACAAAUCAGGCGCCUUCUUUCCGUGAGGUCUCUCCCAUUAGCGUUAGCAACAGGUUUGAUUGACAGCGUUGCUAAGGGGCGUGACCUUCAACAGCUUCGCUCCAGAUUGGCUCUUCGGUUGCUGAUGAUACUCACGGUCGGAAAAUAAAGGUGAGCUUCAUUUGGAGCUGAAGCUGUGGCGACGUCGAACUCGCUCAGUCACGUCUUUACUCAGUCUGCGGUUCCACCUUGUGAUGUCAUGAAGUGUUAGUUUUCAAGAGUCCAUUUUGUGUAAUACUGGGUCUUUAAUAUCUACUUUUGCUCUUAUAAAAUAGUUGUUGUACAGAGUUGGAAUCAUCUCAAAGACAAACUGGGGAAAUGUAUGUGAAUGAAUUGUAAUUGUAGGUUUCGGGUAAGUUCACCACAGAUUCACACUUUACAAUAAGAAAUAAAAAGACUUCAAAUUUGAAUAUUUCAGUUUGUGUUGAAACAAACGUUAAGAAAAUUAUCUAAAGGUUUUGCAGAUUUCAUAGGUCUGAUAUUACCAUCUAGGACGAAGAUCAGUGUAAAAUGUUUAGACCGUUUGAUUCAUUUUAGUGUUUAUAAUCUUUAAGUUUGUGUUUAAGCAAAUUAACUCUGAGAGGAAAAGUCGAAUUUCAAGGUACUUUUUUUACUCACAAAACAAUGAAAUUCUUUAACAUCGAGCUGGUGUUAAAAGUCCCGCGUGUCACUGUUUGAUCCUAAGUAUUUUUAAAGUUUUGUUACGAUCUUGUUUGGAUUGUGUUUCUUUUGUUGUAAAUUAAAUAUAGACGACUUU